AGCUGCCUGCCUUUGCCCUCACCUUCCUGCUUGUCCCGGCGUCUUAAACCCAAACGCAAAAAGAGGAAGACUACACAGCACGCACAUGGGAAAAAGCUAUAUUUGUUUUUCACCUGCACGUCGCACGAUGGCUUAUAUAUGAGGAGGACACUUUGGGAUGCGGACAUAAACACGCGUCUCCACGGAGAGAAGCGCAUGAGAAAAUACAACGCUGUCCGUCCUCUCUCCGACACCGAGAAGGACUCCUCCCCACCUCGGUAGUGACACCUCCGGUAAAUCGCCGAAAAAAAGACAAGUGACUUUUUUUAGGACCGAGCCUAACAUUACCAUUGAUCUGCCAGUGAUUGACUGUAUGGCUUUUAAAAGUUGCAUGGAGAACAUGGACAUAUGACGUGCGCCACACGGCGUCAUUGGACACACAUAGGAGCCUCUCUCUCUUUUCUUCAUCACAUCUUGGAGUGACUAAUCCCCUGCGCUUUGGGUUGGGAGUAAGCAGAAGUGUGCAGCAGUUGUCAUUUGCCCUGACACAGGCUACAUCCAGUAGCUCCCUGCAAAAGGGGAACGUCACCACACCACUGAAGACACAGCCUGUUGUGCUGCGCAUUUGUGUGUGCUGAUCUCACUGUUUGUGCAUUAUUGGGAGAUUUAUUUUGAUAGCCCACCACGGACUUGUCAGAGCUGACAUCCUGUUUGACAUAAAGACUGUCAUUCACCCGGACCCUCGACCCGCAUCAGAGAUACGGCACAGUGACACGUAGGUUUUGUAACUUUACAUUUCAAAAAGCCUGAAAAAGUGUCAUCUCAAGUGCCCCCUUGAAUGAUCACAUUCUCGAUUUUCCCUUUGCCUUUUCUACGUGGUGCGCAUUUGUACUUUGUUUUAGCAUUCACCAACAGCGCCAGCAACACAUGUGAAUGAGACUCAUCACCUGUCCCGGUUGAAGCGCCCCGUACAACUCGACUGACUGACCGACCGACACUGAAGAGGAAUACGUGCCGAAGUUCCGCUGUAGUGAUGCUGCAAAUGGAACUGGUCAUCUUCUUCUGCCUGGUGCUGUUGACGUGUGUAUUAAGCCAGGAGCCCAGUUCCAAAGUGGUGGCGGACCGCUAUGCCGUCUUCUGGAACCGGACCAACGCCAAGUUCCAUCGUGGAGACUACCACAUCGACGUAUGCAUAAAUGACUACCUGGAUGUGUACUGCCCUCACUAUGAAGACUCGGUGCCUGAAGAGCGGACAGAGCGCUACAUCCUCUACAUGGUUAACUACGAUGGCUACAGCACAUGCGACCAAACCGCCAAGGGCUACAAACGCUGGGAGUGCAACAGGCCGCACUCCCCCAACGGGCCGCUCAAGUUCUCAGAGAAGUUCCAGCUCUUCACUCCGUUCUCCUUGGGCUUUGAGUUCAGACCGGGCAGAGAAUACUACUACAUAUCCUCCACCAUUGCUGAGAACGGGAGGAAAACAUGCCUGAAGCUCAAAGUUUUCGUCCGACCAUCAACCAGCUGUGUGAAAACUAUAGGCGUACAUGACCGCGUUUUUGACGUAAACGACAAACUAGACAAUACAUUAGAACCACGAGACGAUACCAGCCAUGAACCGGCUGAGCCUUCCAAAAGUGACGAAACGAAUGCUGCAACGCACCUGCAGAAAACAAGUCCAGUCCUGGCUUUGUUGCUGGUCGGCCUAUCAGCACUCUUCACUUUAUAGCGCUCCCCUCUGUCCCCGGAGGGCAUUUACACCUAGCGUGGCCUGAAUCUGCCCGAGGCUGCAGGGAAGGGGCGGGAUUUGGGUGGAGUGUGUUUGCUUGAUUGGGCAUCAGAGCAGGCUUCUCAAAGAACCCUCUAUUUUUUUUCAGAAAUAUAUUUAAGUGGUCUUUCUCCGUCUGUGAGUGAACAAAAGUUGAUUUUGGAAGUGGGAGAGACAGUUCCCCUCUCAAACCUUCAACUGAGAUGCCAAAUCCCUUUUUUGACACUUAGUGAUUCUUAUUUUCCAGUGACUUUUGACAUCCCUUUACAUCAUGUUUAUGUCAUUGCAGCACUGAUGUUUAGCCACACACACAUAAACAGCACAUACACAGAAACAUGUUUCGAGAGUCAAAUACAAACUACACAACUACACUAACAAUCAAUAGAAGUAGGGUUUUUUACACUUGUAAACAGUAGCAGCAGUACACAGUAGGAAUGUAGAGCAUCUAGGUUUUAGAAAGAACUGUACAUACACAAAAUAAAUUGUCCCGAGACCUCUGAAAAGCCUUUCAGAAAAUAGUUUUGAAUAAGUUCUUUGGGUUCAUAUGAAGCCGAUUUUGGCUCCUCCAUUUUACAAUGAAGUAAAGUUCAAAGCUGAAAGAUGAAGAUGUUGGAAAAAAGGAGCAAUGCUUUUAAGCCAAGGUCAGAUUUGAAACCACAGCACUGAGAGAUACAUACAUGGCAUGCACCUGAGCCCGCCAAUCUUCAGACUGUCUCGGAUUGAAGUUGAGCCCAAUUUUCUUAGGAAUACAAAGUGUGUGUGUAAAGGUGGAUAAGCUGCUUAGAGCAAGUGAGUGUAAAAUCUUUUGAAACACGAGGCAUUCUUUCCUCAUCCCUCUUUGUGUAGAGUUUGCCAGUCCGCUCAAUAAAACACCUCUGGUUCACCACAACUCACAAAACAGCUAAAUUGAAACUUUCUCACCAGACACUUUGUAGACUGCUAUCAAGCUCGAGGAUCAAUAUCUUUUGAAAGUUGAUCACACAAUUUCACGGCCACAGUCACAGUCAUUGAAUGCAAUGUUUACUGAGCAGGACUGCAAUUGUUCUCUCCGUUCCAUUUGAGUAUUAAUCAAUAUUAACACUCCCAUAAACAUUUGCAUUUACACCUUUUUUUAUCGGAUAUUGAUUGUUUAAGUGAUUGUUUAAAAAAUGAUUCACAGCUAAAUUGGAGACUUUCAAACUAUUAAAUUAUUUUUGCCAAUGGUGUCUUCAAACAUUAUAUUCAGUGGAGACACUGUACACUUUUUAAUGUAUUUUUGUACUGUCUGACAGCCCCCUCAAUUAGAAAAACAGAUGUCAUGGGAAACAUUUUGAAAAUACAUUUAAAUUCACAGUACCAUAGCUUUUUCACUGUCACUUAAACCACAGCUUUGACUCGUUCUUAUUAAAUGUUAGUUAGUUCACAUUUAGUUUAUUGCAGUUUUUAGAACAGCUUUUACAGGCCUGAUGCAUAGCUCAUUAGUUGAAAACACGUAGCGUUAAUAGAAAAACUUUCCAUUUAAUUCAAAGCAAUGCCAGCUCUUUUUUUAGACGGGCCAGGUUUAUGUUAGCACUUACAUAAAAAAAAAAUGUCUGUGUAGUAAUGACAUUCAGCAUCCUUCAGCUCCCACAGAUACACAUGGUAUGCAAGCAUCAUGAAAGCUAUCGUCUUUUCUUUUAAAGGAAUGGACCGUGUUUCUUUGUUUUCAAGAAAUGUGGGGGGAUAGAGAAACUAAUUCCUUUCUUUUGGAGACAAGUUUUAGUUUGAGAAUAGGGCACCAAUUGGUUAACACUAGAACCGCCAAUCGGGUCAAUUUGACCCAGAGCUGUUUUUUAUUGUAUGUAACUUUUUUUCAAUAAAAUAUUAAAGUCUCCCA